AUGGUUGCCUUUAGCGCUGGAGCGCUUCUUCUGACGCUGCGCGUCCUCCUCACCGCAACGCCAUCAUUUGCCGUGCCAGUUGCGCAAGCACCUGCUGCACCUGCCCCGGCACCCGCCGCUGGUACCUCUGGCUUCUGGAUGGAGUCCAUCCAGCGCCAGGGUCAGGCCCCAUUCAACCCCAACCCAGCAUCCUACAAGGUCUUCCGCAACGUCAAAGAUCUCGGAGCCAAGGGUGACGGCGUCACAGAUGACACCGAUGUCAUCAACAAGAUCAUUGCUGACGGUGAUCGUUGUGGCGAGGGCUGUGACUCAACGACUACGACCCCUGCUCUCAUCUACUUUCCGGCCGGCACGUACAUCAUCAGCAAGCCUAUCAUCCAGUACUACUACACUCAGUUUGUCGGAGACCCAUUGAACAUGCCUGUUCUCAAGGCUACUGCAGCAUUCGAGGGUAUGGGCUUGAUCGAUGCUGACCCCUACAUCCCCGGUGGCAACGGUGCCAACUGGUACACCAACCAGAACAACUUCUACCGCCAAGUCCGCAACUUCGUCAUCGACAUCUCGGCUACCAAGGCUGCUGCCGGUAUCCACUGGCAGGUAUCUCAAGCUACCAGUCUCCAGAACAUUGUUUUCGAGAUGGCCAAGGGCGAGGCUGGUAAGGACCAGAAGGGCAUCUUCCAGGAUAACGGCUCCGGUGGCUUCAUGUCUGAUUUGAUCUUCAACGGUGGUGCCAUUGGCGCUUUCAUGGGCUCCCAGCAAUUUACCAUCCGCAACAUGACGUUCAAUAACUGCGGCACGGCCAUCUUCCAGAACUGGAACUGGUUGUUCACCUACAAGAGCAUCUUCAUCAACGACUGCCAAGUCGGCCUUGACAUGGCAAACAGCCCUCAGAACCAGACCGUCGGAUCCGUUCUCUUGCUCGACAGCAAGUUCACCAACACGCCCAUUGGAAUCAACUCCUCUUUCACCGAGAACAGCAUCCCCACCACCGGUGGCACACUCAUUCUGGACAAUGUUGAUUUCAGUGGUUCCCCGAAGGCUAUCGUUGGCGCUACCGGUAACACCAUCCUCGAAGGUGGUCGCAAGAUCGCCUCCUGGGCCCAAGGUAACGCUGUUUCCGCUGGAAACGCUCAAAACCGUGUUCAAGGCGAUGUCAACAACGCACCCACCAAGCCUCAAAGUCUCCAGGGCUUGAACGGCUGGUACGAGCGCAGCAAGCCCCAGUAUGAGACCUUCCCUGUGUCCAAGUUCGUCAGUCUCAAGUCGAAGGGUGCAAAGGGUGAUGGUGCGACCGACGACACCGCUGCUAUCCAGGCUGCCAUUGAUGGCCUUCAGGAGGACGAAGUUCUUCACGUCGAUCACGGUGCCUACCUCAUCACCAAGACUGUCACCAUUCCUGCUGAAAAGAACGUCAAGAUGGUCGGUGAGAUCUACAGCACCUUCUUCAUCACAGGCGAGUUUUUCUCGGACAUGAACAACCCCAAGCCUGGUUUCCAGAUCGGCGCAAAGAGCGGUGACAAGGGCUCCUUCGAGGCAUCUGAUCUCAUCAUUGGUACUCAAGGUCCUGCCCCCGGUGGUAUCUUGAUGGAGUGGAACAUUGCUGCUGAGAACGGUGGAGCUGGUCUUUGGGACGUCCACUUCCGUGUUGGUGGUUAUGCAGGCACCAAGCUCCAGUCGUCCAACUGCAAGAAGAACCCUAACGCUACUCACACCCCCAACCCAGAGUGCAUUGGCUCCUUUAUGCAGCUCCACAUCACCAAGAGCUCCAACGGCUACUUCGAGAACGUUUGGCUCUGGACUGCCGACCAUGAGCUUGAUCAGGAAGACCACUCUCAGAUCGACAUCUACAACGGUCGCGGUAUGCUUGUUGAAUCGCAGGGACCAGUUUGGCUUUACGGUACCGCCUCUGAGCACUCCCAGAUGGUGCAGUACCAGUUCUCUGGCGCAAAGGACAUCUUUUACGGUGCCAUCCAGACUGAGACUCCCUACUACCAGCCUAACCCGACUGCUGCCGUUCCUUUCACCAAGAAUGACAAGUUCUUCGACCCAGACAUGAGCCAGGCCAAGGCUGCUUGGGCUGUUCGUGUUACCGAUGGCAGUGACAACAUCUGGAGCUACGGCGCCGGUACCUACUCGUUCUUCCAAAACUACGACCAGGACUGCGUUGUCGGCCAGAACUGCCAGCAGGACAUGAACGAGGUUGCCAACUCGACCAACGUCAACUGGUUUGGUCUGUCGACCAAGGCCUCUGUCAACAUGAUCACCAUGGGUGGCCAGGCUGUAGCCAAGGACGCAGACAACCGUUCCAACUUCUGCGCUACCCUUGCCAUAUUCGCGCAGGGGUAA